AUGCUACUGCUGGGGACCUUCCCCCUCCUCCUCUCCUCGCACACCGGUGCCGCGACGGCCCAGGCAGCGCGGAGGGCUKCAGUGCACGGGGUGCUGGUGACCGCGGCUGCUGCGCGUGCAGCCCAGACGGCUGCGGCCUCAUCCUGGGCCGGAGCCAGGACUGGCUCCCGCAGCUCGGGCCCUGCAGAGCCCAGCGUGCUCACACUGCGUGGAGCUCUGUGCUCCGGGGCGCRCACGGUGACGGGAGACAGCGUUGCCCACCCGCUCAGCGUGGCUUCCAGCGCGCCCACGCACCCGGAGCGGAGCCUCCCUGCCGAGCACUGCGUGACGGUGCCAGUAACCAAGGCAGAAGGGCCCCGGCGCCUCCCYGCCGCCGCCUUCCACAGCAGCGCCGCGGCCCGCGCCAAGGAGGACUAUUACCAGGUGCUGGGGGUGCCGCGCAGCGCCUCGCAGAAGGACAUCAAGAAGGCCUAUUACCAGCUGGCAAAGAAAUACCAUCCUGAUACGAAUAAAGAUGAUCCCAAAGCUAAAGAGAAGUUCUCUCAGCUGGCAGAGGCCUAUGAGGUAUUAAGUGAUGAAGCAAAGAGGAAACAAUACGAUGCUUAUGGUACAGCUGGGUUUGAUGCUGGAACAGCAGGUACUGGGCGCCAGUACUGGAGCAGCGGGCCCUCAAUUGAUCCAGAAGAGCUUUUCAGAAAAAUCUUUGGGGAGUUUUCAGGAUCCUCCUUUGGAGACUUUCAGAGUGUCUUUGACCAGCCGCAGGAGUAUAUCAUGGAACUGACCUUCACUCAAGCCGCCAAGGGCGUUAACAAGGAGAUAGUGGUGAACAUCAACGACUCCUGUCAGCGAUGUGAUGGGAGAGGGCACGAGCCUGGUACCAAAGUGCAGCGCUGUCACUACUGCAAUGGUACUGGCAUGGAAACGAUAAAUACUGGUCCUUUCGUGAUGCGAUCUACGUGCAGACGAUGUGGUGGUCGUGGUUCCGUUGUAACAACCCCGUGUUUGCUGUGUCGAGGAACAGGACAGACCAAGCAGAAGAAGACGGUGAUGGUUCCCGUGCCAGCUGGUGUUGAAGAUGGACAGACCGUUCGAAUGCCUGUGGGAAAGAAAGAAAUUUUUAUUACAUUCAGGGUUCAGAAAAGUUCUGUAUUCAGAAGAAAUGGAGCAGAUAUCCAUUCAGACCUCCUCAUUUCAGUAGCACAGGCUGUUCUGGGAGGUACAGCCAGGUGUCAAGGCUUGUAUGAGACGAUCAAUAUCACGAUACCCCCUGGUAUUCAGCCAGACCAGAAAAUUCGAAUGAGUGGGAAAGGCAUUCCCAAAGUUAAUAGUUAUGGCUACGGAGACCACUACAUUCACAUAAAGAUAAAAGUUCCUCAAAGGUUGACGGAUCGCCAGAGGGCUUUAAUGAUGAGCUAUGCUGAGGAUGAGGCAGAUGUGGAAGGCACAGUGAACGGCGUCACCAACACAUCAUCAGGUGGCAGGGCCACGGCUAGCGCUGACGCAGGCGAGGAUAGGCCUGAGGCUGAGGAGAACAAGGAGGGAUUCUUUACCAAACUUAAGAAAAUGUUUAGCUCCUGAUACCCCAUCUGAGGGAAACGUUCCACUGGGAACUAGGAGCCAGCAGCUGCCUCUCAAGGCAGUGGGUUCUGGAGAGCAAAGGAUGUCGAAGAGCAGCACAAUGAGAAUCCCAGCUGGAGAGGCCACAAACCACUGAGGCACCAACACCCAUCUGCUGUCCUAGGAAAUGGUAACGAAGGAAAGUGCUGUCUGCAGUAGUGGCACAGACGCUUCUCAAAGUUGCUCCUCAGUUCCUACUGCUGCUGGAAGUUCACUUGGAUUCCUGUAGUCCUACUGCUAAAAUUAAAAUUGAGAUAUUAAUUAGAACCCAGAACAGUGGAAAACUGUAAUAAAAGCUGUCCUUCCAGCCCAGAGUAAAGCAGUUUGCUGUAUGGAGUUCAAGACGACCCCUUUCACUUGGGUGCCCUUCUGAGUGCUGGAUGUGUGGUGAGCUUAUUGCUGCUUCUGUGCCAGGAGACUUGGUGCAGCAGUGACUUUAGACCUGUCUUCAUGGCAACGUCCCGUGCCCUUCUAGCUGUCGUGUGCACUGCUUAGAGUGGGCUCAUCAGCACACCUGGGGUUUCCUACUCCUGCUGAUUUCCUGCACAGAGAGCAGUGAUGGGAUCUGCACUUUGCC